CAGCGCGGGGCGGCGGCGGUUCUUUGCUCCGCCCACUGCCCAGGCCGUCGCAGCAACCGCCGGAGCCGCAGGAGGGAGGCGGGACCCGCCCGGUACCGACCCCCGGGCGGCUGCUGGGAAGGCACCAGGAUGAAGCUUUACAGCCUAAGUGUCCUUUACAAAGGCGACCCCAAAGUGCACUUGCUGAAAGCUGCCUUCGACUUGUCCUCGUUCAGCUUCUUCCAGAAAACCAGUGUUCAGGAAUUCAUGACCUUCACGAGCCAGCUGAUUGUAGAGCGCUCGGUGCUGGGCAGCCGAGCAUCAGUGAAGGAGCAAGAAUACCUCUGCCAUGUGUACGUGCGGAGUGACCGACUGGCUGGAGUGGUGAUUGCAGACAACGAGUAUCCACCGCGCGUGUGUUUCACCUUGCUGGAGAAGGUGCUGGAUGAGUUCUCCACGCAGGUCAGUAGGGCAAACUGGCCCUCAGGCUCUCCAACUACGAUUAACUAUGCAGCCUUGGACGGUUACCUUAAUAAAUAUCAGAAUCCCCGGGAGGCAGAUGCAAUGACGAAAGUGCAGGCGGAGCUGGACGAGACCAAAAUCAUUCUGCACAACACCAUGGAGUCUCUGCUGGAGCGCGGGGAGAAGCUGGAUGACUUGGUGGCCAAGUCGGAGGUGCUUGGGCUGCAUUCCAAACACUUCUACAAAACUGCCCGAAAGCAGAACUCGUGCUGCGAGAUCAUGUGACCCAGCCAGCUGAGACCACUGCUCCCAACCGCCUGGCCUUCUCUCACGUUCAGACCUUUAAAGUACAUGGGACAAAAAGACCGUCUGUGGGUGGGGAUCCCCGGUUCCAGGCCACACCACUGCGGGCGGUGGGGCUGGGACAGGGCUUUCUCGGCACCCCAGGCCCGUCUAGUUAAACAGCUCUUCCUCGGAAAGGCCAGCGAGGCUGAAGAGACAGCGUGACCAUUCUCCUACCAGCCCUUUCUGGCCCCGAAGGGCUUGUUGCUUUGACCUCUGGCUUGUAAUUGCAGCGCUGAAUUGGCCUGGGGCUCUCACUCCUCAUCUCCAGAGAUCAGACGCAGACUGCAUUCUAGUCACCUUGUUGUUUACAAUCAUAACACUAGAGAGGGACUCCAGUAACUGAGACCAGCCGACGCCACUGCCCAGUGUUGAGGGCUCAGCCUCCGACUCCUACCCACCCCGUGACUGAAGCCUUGGGCGAGGGGCCUGGUUGCUUUGGGCCUCUGAGGAGCGUUGAGAACAGGCGUCAGUGUUGUGGGAUGUAGCCUUGCUGCUCCCAGGAGUGCUCAGACUGGAGUCUCGGCCAGUCAGGCCUGGAAUCUGUCUUGCCACCGGCAGUGAGCAGAGAGAGUCCCCGGGGGCGGGGGGGGUGGCACAAUUUGGUGCGGAGCAGCAGGAAAUGCUGUCGUUUUUGCCUGUCGCCCUGUUCCUCGCCCAGGGGUUGGUGGGUCUCUGCCCUCCAUGGGUCUCUGGGCUGUCUCACAGUUACUGUCUGUCCUCCGGCCUCUCGUCAGCCAGCAUCCCCAUCACUUCGUCCUCGCCUGCGGCUCUGGCCCCCGGGGCUGUGCUGUCUCCCGCUGUGCCAAGUGUGUGCCAUGUGCGUGUGCCAUGGAACGUGGGUCUCGCUGAUCUGCCAGGCCCUGAGCUUCCUGCUGGCUGGUGGAAAAACUAGACCAUGAUGUUCACGUCCCCUCUCCCUCUGGAGAGGGAGGCUGAGCGGAGCCCACCCCUUCGAUCCUUCCAUCCUGUCCGUGGAGCUGCAUUUUCUUCCCGCCUUGGACCUGCCUCUUGCUUAUCCUUGCCUUUGCCCAGCACUGAUGUACUGGGAGUGGGCGGGGGGAACCAGCAUCCUUGGGUGGGGCUCUGAAAGGGGAGCAAUCACCUGGGGAGGGGCACCAGGCAGACAGUAACAGCAUGCCAGGCACCCGCUCGCUGCAUGGAGGAUGUCAGCACCACUCUUGUGGGCAGGUUGAGCACCUGGCUCGUCUGCACAUGGGAGAGCGGCAGCGAGCCAACCUCGGGGCGGUUCUGCUGUGCAGUGGGAGGUGACCUGAGCGUGCAUGCCCUGGGAUGCUGCUCGCAGGCUGUGGGUGCCAUCCCUGGGGCAGCGAGAGCUCACUGGCCUCUGCUUUGGUCACCUGGGGGGGCCUCGCUGCACUUUGGGCUGGCUCUGUUGGGGCUGGGGAAGAGCAGGACAGAGGGGCAUCAGCAGAGCGUGUGCCUGCUUGCCCACCUGGUGCCAUGAGCUGCACAUCCAGCCUGGGGCUCAAGGCCACUGGACCACGUGCUAAAGCCAUGGCUUGGUAAUGCUCUAGGGGUGGGUGCUCCUGGCAGAAUCCUCAGCUGCACACUGCGCCUGGCGCUGCUCUCUGGGCAAGCAGGCAGGGAGCCAGCCCCAGGCAUGGCAGAGCCACCCUCUCCAUGGGGGUGACUUCCUCCCCACUGGAAGUGUGGAGCUGAGCCUGUACCGCCUGGCUCUCCGAGUGCCCUCUUGCCCCUCGCGUUCCCAGGCCCGUGGCAUUGGCCUUUUCCCUCAUGUACCUGGUGGCUGGGCUCGAAGGGUGUGAGCCCAGCCCUGGGGGAAGGAAGGAAGAAGCCCCAGCUCCCAGCCGUGCCCCUGGACAGUGUGAUGUUCAGUGGCCGUGUUGGCUCUGCACUCCAUCCCCCCAUUCCUACCGUUUCCAAUGGAAAAGCUCUGGCUAGCGGCCGUGGAGACUGUGUAACCGUUGCCUGACUUCUCUGUACGUGAUGUUGGCUGGCCUGUGCCCGUCUGGAUAAAGUUUGUCUUCUCGCCGUU